CAAGCCACCAUUAACUAAGAAGAAGAAGAAGGAGACGAAGAAGAAAAAGAGCUAAAUCGACGUGGACAAUAAUUUGGACAAUAAUUGAUAUAAUUCAGAGCAGCCAUGGAUAUAGCUCUGUAUCUGGUGGCAGCUGCCAUGCUCAUUGUCCUGAUUUUGUUUGCGUUGAAGGUGCGGAAGAAAACACAGGAAGCCGAUGAGGGGCAACGGAGGGAUGUUAUCCGGGCAGUGGGGGCUCCUCAGCGGGCGGCAGAGGAGCGAGGAGCCGGUAUGCCUCGCAGGAGGAGGAACUUUGCAGCGGUGAUGGCCAACAGACGACCACAGAGAGACGCCGUGGAACAUGAGGAGGAGCGUGUGGAGGAAGAAGAAGAAGAGGAGCAGCAGCAGCAGCAGAACCUCCCGCCGACAGCAAAAGUUGGAGCCAAGAAGCAGAAGAAGCUGGAGGAGAAACAGGCCAAGAAAGCCCAGAGAGAGGUGGAGAUGGAAGAGAGGGAGGAGAGGAAGAGGAUGCAGGAGCUCAGAGAGCAGGAGAGACGUCAGGCAGAGGAGAGAGAACGACUUCAGGAACAGAGACAGGAAGAGGAGGAGCACCGGGCUAAAGAGGAGCAGGAGAGACGAGAGGAGGAGGAGUACUUAAGACUCAAGGCCUCCUUCAUCAUAGAAGACCAGGGAGAGGAAGAGCAUCUCACUGAGGACCAGUCACGCAACCUGCUGCAAGAAUUCAUCCAGUACAUCAAGAGCUCUAAGGUGGUUCUCCUGGAGGACUUGGCUUCUCAUUUUGGGAUGAGGACACAGGAUGCUAUUGACAGACUGCAGGACCUGUUGGCAGAAGGCUCCCUCACAGGAGUGAUUGAUGACAGAGGGAAGUUUAUCUCCAUCACUCAAGAAGAGCUGGACUCAGUGGCUCAUUUCAUCAGACAGAGAGGCAGAGUGUCCAUCACAGAGCUGGCUCAGGCCAGUAACUCUCUGAUCAACCUGAUGCCUGAGAGCCGCAGCACCGCCUGAUUGACACCUUACUGACGCAGAACACCUGGACCACACUCUUCACACAUGAAAAGCACACACUGGACUGUAAAUCUGCUUUUGGCUCGAGUUUGGUGCCAGGUGACGGAUCAGUUGCCUGCAGGUGUCAGGCUUCAAAUAGAUUUGGACUUGUUUGAUUAAUCUAAAAAUUGAAAUUAACAGACAGUGACUACAGUGUUUGGCAUUACAUUAACAAGCCCUUAUCAACAUGACAAACAAUCACUUAGUAUUGUUGCAAAACAAAAGUAAAAAUUUUGGGAUUCAUGUUUUUAGAGCUCAUUCCACCAGAUGUAUGGCUGCCUGCUGUGAAUGAAAUCUGUACGGUGCAACUGCGAGCUGGGCAUCCCCACGCACAGUUAUCCUGUUUUACCUCAUCAAAGCUCAUCUCUAGGGCUCCAAGAUUACCUUUCAGCCAACACAUUUUGCUCUCCAUGCGUCCGCUCAAAUGUAAUUGGUCAAUAGGGCUCGGAGUAGAACACUUCCGAUACCAAAAACCUUUUCCCUUGACUACAGAUAUUGUAUUCAUGUACAGAUCUCUUAAAUAUCUAUAAAUAUUAUAAUGAGAGUAAUGAA